AUGGGCUGCAACAUUUCUAUCCAGACUGCAGUCACUCAGUUCCCUUCCGAGGGGCUACAGAACAACCAGGGAGUCAAAAGGCAGGUGGCGACUUCUUCCCCACAGACUAUGAGCAGCAAUUCCCAAAGCACGAACACACUGCUCACCAAUGAGUUCAUCAGCAAAUCAUYGCCCUUAGAGGAAACAAGAGAGGCAAAAAUCAUCAUUCUUGAAAAGCUGAGGAUGCAGGGAAUAAUCAAGAGCCAAAAUACGAGUGCUAGAAUUGAGAAGAAGGUAGAGAACUUUGGAGAUGCCCUGAAAAAGACACUGAAGAAAUCCCCAGCUAGGCUGGAAAAAAUUCAAUUUGGAAAUGAGGAAGUAGGUGAUUUUACAGCGAGGGACAUGAAGCCUUCUGCUGAAGCAAAGAAACAGCAAAAGAUGCAUAAAACUGCUCAUCAAACUACAAGGAAACAGAGUGAAAAGGACUGCCCAGAUUUCAAAAGUCAAGGAGACCCUCAGCCSUCACCUUUAGAUGCUGAGCCAGGCAUGCUGCUGAAGAAAAUAACUGCAGUAGACACCACAAACAAUUACACUGAGGGCUGUGUCACCGAGUUGAUAACUUACAGCUGCAUCAAUGAAUCAAUCUGGAUCUGUCCUGCAAAUGUGAAGAACUCCUCUGUUCCCUGCAAACACUUUUUUUGA